AGAAUCAAGAUUUCAACUUUUGUUCUCAAAUUUACAGUACUCCGGUACUCUCUUCUUUUCAGCUUUUGCUUUUUCAUCAUUACCCAAUAAUCUCUCCUCUGCAAGACUGCAAUGGCUCCUUUCUGCUCCCAAUCUAUUGGUUCAUGCUUAGCUCUUUUGUGCUUAGUUUUUGUUCAAUCCCACUCUGCCAUAAUAUACAGCAUGAAGAACCACCACCACCACCACAACUUCCACCAUCACAGAACAGCUCCGAUGUUCCAAACCAACCAAUCCAAUUGCGCAUUGUUUGAAGGCACUUGGGUCCAAGACGACUCCUACCCAAUGUACCAAUCUUCCCAGUGCCCCUUAAUCAUCGACCCUGAAUUCAACUGCCAAAUGUACGGCCGCCCGGACUCCGAUUACCUCAAGUACAGAUGGAGACCCCUCAACUGUGAGCUCCCAAGGUUCAAUGGGGCUGAGUUUCUGCUCAAAAUGAAGGGGAAAACAGUGAUGUUUGUAGGUGAUUCACUUGGGAGGAAUCAAUGGGAGUCUUUGGUUUGCCUGAUUUACUCUGCAAAUCCACAAACCCAGACUCAAAUGGUCAAAGGAGACCCACUCUCAACAUUCAGUUUCCUGGACUACGGCUUGACACUGCAAUUUUACAAAGCUCCGUACCUGGUCGACAUAGAAAUGUAUCAAGGGAAGAGAGUUCUGAGGCUGGAGGACAUUUCGGAGAACAGCAAGGUGUGGCGGAACGCCGACGUGCUGUCGUUUAACACCGGUCAUUGGUGGAGCCACAAAGGAGGUCUCCAAGGGUGGGAUUACAUGGAAUCAGGAGGGUAUUAUUACCAAGAUAUGGACCGUUUAGCUGCUUUGGAGAAAGGGAUGAAAACAUGGGCGAAUUGGAUUGACUCGAACAUCGACACCACAAGGACCAGAGUUUUCUUCCUCUCUAUUUCUCCCACACACUAUGACCCAAAUGAAUGGAAUGGGGGUGCAACUCCUACAACCACCAAGAACUGCUAUGGAGAAACAGCACCAAUGAAAGUGAGCGGAGUAACUUAUCCCGGGAGUACUUAUCCAGACCAAAUGAGAGUGAUGGACAGUGUGAUCCGGGGCAUGAGAAAUCCUCCGUCUUUGCUGGACAUCACAAUGCUUUCAGAGCUGAGAAAAGAUGGGCACCCAUCAAUCUACAGUGGUGAUUUGAGCCCUCAGCAGAGAGCCAAUCCUGACCGUUCAGCAGAUUGCAGCCAUUGGUGCCUUCCUGGACUGCCAGACACUUGGAACCAACUCUUUUACACAACUUUGUUCUUCUAAUUUUUAUAUUUUAUUUGCACUCUAAUUAAUUAACAAGUUAUAUAGGUUUUAUUUUAUUUUGUGACACAUUUAUGAUGAGAGAGUGCAAAAUUUGCAGCUCAUUCUUUAUCUUUAUAUUGUAAUUUGUAAAGUGAUGUGCAUAUAUAUUGUUAGUGUUAGAGAGGAGAAAUGAGGUUCUUAUUUCCUCAUUAUUUUUCCAA